AUGUCCCUGACCAACGUUAUCGACCCGGAGAAUGCCCCAAACUAUGAGGACAUGGAGAAACAGUUCGCCGUGAGGGCGGUGCAGCAUAUGACGGUCUAUUGGGGCAUUCUAGAAAAGAUACCUGGCUCAAAACUUCGCCUGACUCGACUUGACGACGAGAUCCUCGACCACUUUAAGCGUGAAUUUCCGGAUUUCGACCCAGCUGAGGAGAUUGACGAGGAUGCCAUGAAGAGCAAAGAUGGCAAAGAGAAGUGGCGCAAUUUUGCCCAGGUCUACGAAAAGGGCGAGAAGAAAAUCGAAGACUACAACUUCGGCACCAUGCUGAGGAAAAGUCCCAAAACCGAGUAUGGCGAAAAGGAGACCAUUUUUGUGAUUCGGGUGCAAUUCUAUGCCAUCGAAAUUGCUAGAAACAGAGCUGGACUGAACGACUGGAUUUAUGAAAACGCACAGAAGCAAGAGAAGAAGUCAUAG